GGCAUCGCGCGGGCGCCCCGCGCGGGGGCGGAGCCUGCGGCGCCCGCUGGCCACGCCCCCUGCGGGUGGUACCAUCCCGCUCCCGGGGGGGGGGAUGCCCGCCCGUCCCAGGCGCCCCCCGCCGCUCGGAGCCGCCGGUGCCGGUGCCGGAGGGUCCCUGGGCGUUGUCGCCGCGGGGCCGCGCGGCGGCGGCGCCCCCGAGCCGGCCCCCCCGGGGCGGCCCCCCCCGGGCGCGCGGCGGUGGUGCGCGCGGCGGGCGCGGGCGCUGCCGGGCCCAUGGCGGCGGCCCCCCGCGCCGUGCUGCUGCUCAGCGGCAAGAGGAAGUCGGGCAAGGACUUCGUGGCCGAGGAGAUACAGAGCCGGUACCGGGGGGCUGCGGCGGCGGCACCGCCGGGCCCGGGGCUGGGCCGGUCCUGGGGAAACUAGGCUGGGCCCCGACGUGUGCACCAUCCUCCGCCUGUCCGGACCCCUCAAGGAGCAGUACGCCAAGGAGCACGGCCUGGACUUCCAGCAGCUCCUGGACGCCAGCGCCUACAAGGAGACCUACAGGCAGGACAUGAUCCGCUGGGGCGAGGAGAAGCGCGGCGCCGACCCUGGCUUCUUCUGCAGGAUCGUGGUGGAGGGGGCGGCACAGCCGGUGUGGGUGGUGAGCGACACGCGGCGCCUCUCCGACGUGGAGUGGUUCCGGGACGUCUACGGGGACGUGGUGCAGACCGUCAGGGUCGUGGCCACCGAGGAGACGAGGAAGAGGAGGAACUGGGUCUUCGUCGUGGGGGUGGACGACACCGAGUCCGAGUGCGGCCUGGACCAAGGGGUGGCCUUCGACUGGGUCAUCACCAACGACGGGGACGAGCUGUCCCUAGACAGCCAGCUGGAGACGCUGCUGCAGGCCGUCCGCGGCCGGCUAUAGCCACGGCGCCGGAGCGAGCCCGCGGCAGCGGGACGUGGACCAAAGAGGGCUGGGGGGGGUGAUGGGGGGGAGCACAGCUGCUGCUAACAGCUGGUUGCAGGGGACUAAUCCUUCCACGGGGGCUGAGCCUGGCUCCGGCCCCUGCGCGGGGGCUGCUGCGGUGAGGCCAGUGCAGGCAGCGCCCGUCCCCCGUGGCGGGGCUGGGGAGCGGAGCCUGCAGCGGGACCGAGCGGGGAGGUCCCGGUGGCCGCGGUCCCGGUGGCCGUGGUCCCGGUGCCACCAGGGGGCAGGGCGCCCACGGGCUGCGCCUGGCCCGGCGGGUUGCUGCCGGUGGGCGGGCGGGCGGGCGGGCGUCCCCCCCUCGAUAGCCGCUCCGUGCCCGUCCCCUCCGCAGCCGGGGGAGGAAGGGGGCCGGGUCCCCGCCGUGGUCGCGGGUGGGCACCUCGCCACUGCUCCCAGACCCCUGCCCGGCGCGGGGCGGCAGACGUGCCUUACCCCUGGAGCAGCCGGGACGGUGCCCGCGCCGGCCCCCUGCUCUUCUCUGCGCUGCUUCACGGCUCCCGCGGGCUCUCUCUGCCGCCGGGGCUGACGGAGCUGCCGCCCGGGAGCCCGCGCCGAGGCCAGUGUUAACCCCGCCGGACGCAGAGCCCGGCGCGGCGGCUCCCGGCGCGGUGCCUUCCUGGCUCUGCCGGGCAGCGGGCAGAGGCGAGAGGGCAGGGAUGGCGCGCGGGGAGAGGCGCUGCCGUCGGUGACCCUCUGCCCGGGGCUGGGGCAGCCGGCGUCCCCCUCCCAGCCCAGCGGAGGGGCGAUCCUGGGAGGGGGGCGGCUGGCACCUGGCCCUGCCCCGGCCGUGCCGCCCGGCCGCGGGCGCUUUGCUGCCGCAGGAAUAAAGCUCGGCUGCUGAGACAC